UGGCGCCGGGGCCCGGCUUCCGCGCAGCAGCCGAGCCGCUUUGGCAGGCGGCCCCAGGGACCCGGAGUGCCGGCGCGGACGGACCGCAGAGGUUGUUUGAAGGCCGCGGCGGACAUGGCGGCGCUGGCGGCUCCCCACCUGCUCCGCCCGAUCCUGGCUCUGCGCUCCGGUGUGGGCGUGGCUACUCAGGUGCGUGGUGUCCAUUCGAGUGUGGCAGCUGACAGCCCCAGCAGCACCCAGCCCGCUGCGUCCACAGCUGGAGCCGUGCUCCCCAAAUCCACCGCCCUUCCCAGCAGCCGGGGCGAGUAUGUGGUGGCCAAGCUGGAUGACCUCAUCAACUGGGCCCGCCGGAGCUCCCUGUGGCCCAUGACCUUCGGCCUGGCCUGCUGCGCGGUGGAAAUGAUGCACAUGGCCGCGCCGCGCUACGACAUGGACCGCUUCGGCGUGGUCUUCCGCGCCAGCCCGCGCCAGUCCGACGUGAUGAUCGUGGCUGGCACGCUCACCAACAAGAUGGCCCCCGCACUCCGCAAGGUGUACGACCAGAUGCCCGAGCCUCGCUACGUCGUGUCCAUGGGGAGCUGUGCCAACGGAGGAGGUUAUUAUCACUACUCGUACUCCGUGGUGAGGGGCUGUGACCGCAUCGUGCCCGUGGACAUCUACGUCCCAGGCUGCCCACCCACGGCCGAGGCGCUGCUGUAUGGCAUCCUGCAGCUGCAGAGGAAGAUCAAGCGGGAGAAGAAGCUGAGGAUUUGGUACCGCAGGUAGCGCGGCCCCUGCUCCGGCCCUGCUCCGGCCC